AUGUCGCACUCGAACGUCCACGUCGUAACGCAUCCUUUGAUCUCGCACCAUCUGGCCAACUUGCGUCUUGCGGAUACCUCACCCAAGGAAUUCCGCUCGCUGGUGAGCAACAUCUCGACAGUGCUGUGCAUCGAGGCGACACGAUCGCUCGCCGUCAAGCAGGUGCAGGGCCAAGGUCCGCUAGCCACGUUCCAAGGCGAACAGCUGUCGGAACGCAUCGGUCUCGUUCCCAUUCUUCGUGCGGGUCUCGGCAUGACCGAAGCGUGUCUGGAGCUUCUACCCGAAAAUACGUCCGUGCUUCACAUCGGUCUGUUCAGAGAAAAGGUGUCGCUGCAACCCGUCGAGUACUACAACAAGCUACCUGUGUCUCCCACCGUGGAUCAGGUCAUCAUUCUCGACCCACUCAUUGCUACCGGUGGUACUGCUGUGGCGUGUAUUCAGAUGAUCCUCGACUGGGGCAUCCCGGUGGAAAAGAUCAAAUUCUUGUGCGUGCUGGCGUCGCAAAAGGGCUUGGAGAAUGUGGUCGAGUCGGUGCCCGGCUUGGAGCUUUGGGUGGGGCAUAUAGAUCCUCAGUUGAGCGAGAAGGGUCUUAUUUUGCCCGGGUUGGGCGAUACGGGUGACCGGAUGUUUGACACCCAGACCUAG